AUAGAGAGCAUGAAUUUGUGACCUUGACCAGAAUAAACUUCGCUGUCAAUAAUUCUGUCAUCAGCAAAUAAAACUCUUGAACAAAUAUGAGCUUGCCAAAACACCGCAAGACCUCCUGAAGCACCCCUUGCAUCUACCGAAUAGCAACCAUGAAACCUUACCAAAAAAAAAAAAAAAUAGCAACCAUGAAAUUUCAACUUUCGACGAAGCUUUUCAAUUCUGUCCGCUCGGCACUUAGAUUCAAUAAUGAACAAGAUAUCUGAAGAUUCAGACUUGGAGAGGUUCAGAAGUGACCUAACUGCCCGGGGCUCCCCAAACCCCGACAGUUCCAACCAACCACCCUCAUGGUGACCCGCGGGACUGAUAAACCCCAGUCUCCACGGGUCCAACCGAUAAAAAAUGCAUUUGAGAAUUCACUUGGAUAUCGCACUGAGAUGUUGAGGAAUUGUGUUCUUCCGUCACAGUUUCCUUUGCUUAUCUUCUAGUGUGCUGGGGUCUCUUAGAGGGUGUUUGGUUCAGUAAAUCUUUGAGAUAACAUUGUAUAGAAUGAUAAUUUUUAAUUUUAGGAAUUGUUUGAUUCCACUAGGAUAACCCUCAUAUCUGAACACCCUACUUUCCAUGAAUGACCAUUUUACACAAGAUGUGCUUCAAAUCUGAGUUCAAAACACCUAAACUCAGAUCUGAUCAACGUUUUUUCGACCUAGUUUAAAAGGAAGACCCCUCAAAUGGCGACAUACUCACCCCGCGAUAUCUCCAAGUCCCGACCUGCGACCUGCGACUAGCGACUUGCGAGGAAUCUCACCGAGAGUCCGCCGUUGGUGACUGAAUGGGUGAAGUCAAGGAAAACGAUGCUUACGAGGAGGAGCUUCUUGAGUAUGAAGAAGAAGAUGACAAGGCCCCCGAUUCCGUCGCGGCCAAGGGCACCGGCGAAACAACGAAGAAGGGCUAUGUUGGAAUUCACAGCUCGGGAUUCAGAGAUUUUCUUUUGAAGCCAGAGCUUCUUCGAGCAAUUGUUGACUCAGGGUUCGAGCAUCCUUCAGAAGUGCAACAUGAGUGCAUCCCUCAGGCCAUCUUGGGAAUGGAUGUCAUCUGCCAAGCAAAAUCUGGGAUGGGGAAAACUGCUGUCUUUGUUCUCUCAACUUUGCAGCAGAUUGAGCCAGUUGCAGGCCAAGUUGCUGCCCUUGUUUUGUGCCAUACAAGGGAAUUAGCAUACCAGAUUUGUCAUGAGUUUGAGAGAUUCAGUACCUACUUGCCAGAUAUCAAGGUUGCUGUAUUCUAUGGGGGCGUCAAUAUCAAAACUCACAAAGAUUUACUGAAGAAUGAGUGCCCACAUAUUGUUGUUGGAACACCUGGAAGGAUAUUGGCGCUAGCAAGAGAGAAGGACCUUUCGUUGAAGAAUGUCAGGCAUUUUAUCCUUGAUGAAUGUGACAAGAUGCUUGAGUCACUUGACAUGAGAAGAGAUGUCCAGGAGAUUUUCAAGAUGACCCCUCAUGAUAAGCAAGUCAUGAUGUUUUCAGCGACACUCAGCAAGGAGAUACGCCCUGUUUGCAAGAGAUUUAUGCAAGAUCCUAUGGAAAUUUAUGUGGAUGAUGAGGCCAAGCUGACCCUUCAUGGUCUUGUACAGCAUUACAUUAAAUUGAGUGAGCUUGAGAAAAACCGGAAGUUGAAUGACCUACUUGAUGCCUUGGACUUCAAUCAAGUUGUGAUUUUUGUCAAAAGCGUGAGUAGAGCAGCUGAGCUGAACAAGUUACUUGUGGAAUGCAAUUUUCCAUCUAUCUGCAUCCACUCUGGGAUGUCACAGGAGGAAAGGUUGACACGCUACAAGGGUUUCAAGGAGGGUCAUAAAAGAAUUCUUGUGGCAACAGAUUUGGUUGGGAGGGGAAUAGACAUUGAACGUGUUAACAUUGUUAUCAACUAUGACAUGCCUGAUUCUGCUGAUACCUACUUGCACAGGGUGGGAAGAGCUGGCAGGUUUGGCACCAAAGGACUUGCAAUUACAUUUGUCUCAUCUGCUUCCGACUCUGAUGUCCUCAAUCAGGUUCAAGAGAGGUUUGAAGUGGACAUAAAAGAACUGCCAGAGCAGAUCGAUACCUCUACUUACAUGCCAUCUUGAUGCAGUUGUUUGGCUGGGGUGGAUGUGUAAUUCUAUUUAUUGCAAAAGAUGGAAGAUGGUCAUCUAUAAGAGCUGUAUGAGAUUGAAUUCUUGUUCUACGACAUUGCAAUGGAUUUGAUGCUUGCCAAGACGCGGGUUUUUAUUUUUUUUGGGUGGGGGGAGUGUUGAGCCGCCGUUUUUGCAUUUAUAUGUAAUUGUUAAAUGAAGUUUAGAGCAAAAUAGUACAUUGAAAAAUGCCAUGUAGGAUAGUAAUUCUGUAACUUUGGUGCAUUGACGAGGAA